AUAAAACCUCCGUAAGAGCUGAUGCAACUAAGGAAGGAGAUAAUCCAGCCUGUGGGCCCGAGCCUGCUUAGAGGAGCGGCGAGACAGACCAGCAUCCUACUGAAACAGAACCGAGACUAAUCAUCCUGCAGCUCAAAGAGAAAACUGUACAACUGUUGGUAACUGAAAAUGCCAGUGGUCAGAGCCCUGAGUAAAGUGGCCAGGCAGGCCCUCCAGGCCCCCGGCUGUGGAUGUCAGCCUUUGGCAGUGGCCGUACGCAACAUCAGCUUCUCCCCCCGCCAGGUCACCUCUGGCUCUGACGCCAGCUUUCACUCCGUGUCCUUCUCAGAGACAGAUCACCCUAAAGUCCUUAUCACAGGUGGCCUUGGACAGCUAGGGGUGGGCCUUGCUAAACUAUUGAGGAAGCGAUUUGGGAAGAACAAUGUGAUCCUUUCAGACAUCAGGAAACCACCCAGCAAUGUCUUUCACAGUGGUCCCUUUAUCUACUCUGAUAUUCUGGACUACAAGAACUUACGAGAGAUUGUAGUCAACAACCGCAUCACCUGGUUGGUGCAUUACAGUGCCCUUCUCAGUGCUGUGGGAGAAGCCAACGUAGCCUUGGCCCGUGCCGUCAACAUAACUGGUCUUCACAAUAUCCUGGAUAUUGCUGCAGAGCACGGGCUUCGCCUUUUUGUUCCCAGCACCAUCGGUGCCUUUGGUCCCACUUCCCCCCGGAAUCCCACCCCUGACCUCUGUGUUCAGCGGCCUCGCACCAUAUAUGGUGUUUCAAAGGUUCACGCUGAACUAAUGGGCGAGUACUAUCAUCACCGGUAUGGCCUUGAUUUCCGCUGUCUCCGGUACCCCGGCAUCAUCUCUGCAGACUCCCAGCCUGGUGGUGGAACGACAGAUUACGCCGUGCAGAUCUUCCAUGAUGCUGCCAAAUCCGGCAAAUUUGAGUGCAACCUGAAGCCAGACACCCGUCUACCCAUGAUGUACAUUGAUGACUGUUUGCGGGCGACCCUGGAGGUGAUGGAGGCUCCAGCUGAGACGCUGUCCAUGCGUACUUACAACAUCAACGCCAUGAGCUUCACUCCUGAGGAGCUAGCUCAGGAGGUCAGGAAGCAGCUCCCUGACCUGCAGGUCAACUACGAAAUCGAUCACGUGCGGCAGGCCAUAGCUGACAGCUGGCCCAUGAACUUUGAUGACUCCAACGCCCGAAAUGACUGGGGCUGGAAGCACGACUAUGACCUGCCAGAGCUGGUUCAGACGAUGCUGAACUUCAUCGGUGCAGAGUCACGUGUUGCCCAGGUCCACUGAGUUUGAUCCAGGAGAACAGCGACUUGUACAUAUACGUUGUAAAGACUGAUUUCUUUAGAGAAGGGAGAUCCUGGUGUGUAAAUAGUCUUUUGCUCUCUCUGUCUCUACUGUGUUGUUUUGGAAAGACCCUGCUUGGCUAGCUCACUCUGCCAGGAGAAGAAUGGGAAAUGUUUUGCUCAAAUUUGAUCUUCUACAAUAGAGAGAGUUGUCUGUGUCUGGGCUACUACUGUAUCAUUCAUCUACAGUUUUUAAGUGGGGGAACCCUCAGGGGCCGGUUAUGGACCUCCUUGGGUUUGGUGUUCUGUUAGGCCUAUAUUUACUAGGCUAAACAAACAUAUUAGAUGCAAGGGUCAAAUGAAUGACGACAGCAGUCAAUUCUCGAAUACACAAUAGUUUCACUCCCAUAUAUGUUUUUUUUUUCUUUUCAGAGGGAAAGAUAAUUUUACUUUAUCUCUAUUCAAGCUAUGAUAUAUAAAUUAUAUCAAUGUAUGCCAAAUGAGGACGAACAGAGUCCAUUUAAAAGAUUAAAAGAGCUAAGAACUUGAAUAAAUUAAUUUCCUUUUAGUAAAGGAAAUGAACAGGAAAUGACUGGAGCAUAUUAUGUGGAUGUAAAAGGGUGGGGCUGGCAGGGAAGCAGAAGUUGCCAUGAUAAGUGAUGAUAAGUGAUCAUCCUCUUAACUGUUUUUUUUUUUUUUCUCUUUUUUGCACUUUUUAUUUAGCUUGCUAACAAGCCAAUGAAACUUGUUUAUCUUUGUCUUAUUGCACCAGAGCUUUGUAAAGUAAUGAUUUUUUUUCUUAAGUUAUUUGUUUUCCAUAAAGAUCAUUUCUUAUGUUCUUGUAUUAGAAACGUGCUAGAAAAAAGCAUUUUCUUUGCUUUUAGGUUUUACUGAGCAAAAAAUAAACUUUUUUCAUGAAUGA